AAACAUGGAGCAAAGAAUCUGCAGAGCUUCAAUAAUUGUUCUUUUGACUUUACUUCAAGGUUUUCUGUCCUGUGAUGCUGUGGAGAUUCAGCCCUCCAUGAACCCAGCAGUUGUGGGGAGCACAGUGACGCUGUCGCUGAGCCCUUCUGUGACUCUGACCAGUGGAAACUGGGCGGUGGAAGAAACCUUCAUCCUCACCUGGCUCGGGGAGCAGCAGGCAGUUUUCCCGGGUUACAGCGGCAGGGCCUUUGUGAACGUGACCAGCGGAGCCCUCACCCUGAGCGCCCUCACCGUCACCGACUCAGGGCUCUACCAGGUGCAGAGCGGCGACCCGCUGCUGAGGGCCAGUGUUUCUCUCACAGUUGUAGAACCCAUUUCCAAUGUGACCCUCAAAGUAAAUCAAAGUGAUCUGAUAGAGCAUCGAGCGUCAGGCCUCAUCAACUGCUCCGUCUCCACCGGAUCCUCUCUCUCUUUCCGCUGGAUGAACGGCAGCUCUGAGGUUACAGCCGCUGACAGAGUUCAGUUCACUGACGGAAACUCCUCUCUCAAUAUUGUCAGCGUGAGCCGCUAUGAUUCGGGACCAUUUAGAUGUGAAGUAUUUAAUCCCAUCAGUAAUGGGACCAGUGACUCAGUAAACUUCACUGUCAGCUAUGGCCCGGAUCACAUGCGUCUCACAGUGAAUGGACUGAACAUCACUGCCUUCUCUGCUGGGUCCAAUCUGAGCAUGCUCUGUCUGGCAGAGUCCAACCCUCCUGCUCAGCUUCAGUGGGGCUUCAGGGGAAAUCUUGUGAAUGCUACAGGAACAAUGUUGGAGCUUUUCCACGUCAGAGCGGACCAAAGUGGUCCAUAUUCUUGCCUGGCCUUCAACAACCGCACAAACCUAUACAGCAAUGUAACAACACACAUCACAAUAUCCAGGUCUGAACGACUGCAAGCCAAUGUUUUCCUUCUUCCUCUGCUGUUGUUGGCUGGAUUCUUUUUGUCACUUUCAGGUCAUUGUGGUUACUUCAGUCUUUAGAUGACUAAAAGCAUCAAGAAAAGCUGCAUCAUCUCGAUUUGUCAUGUGGAUAAUUUAUUCAUAAGGAGUUGAAGGGAUGGGACACAUGUUUACAAAUAAAUGGGAAAUUUUUAAUAUAAUCAUUUAGCAAAAUUUAAAUAAAACAAGGUAACAUAUCCAUCUGGUUUGUACAUAUUCAUGAUAUAAAUAGAUUUAUUCUGCUAAAAUUGUUGCAGGUUUUAAUAAAUUUGAAUGACUUUCUAGUG